UCGCCUGGCUGGAGACUGCCACGGCCGUCAUGGGCUGUUUCUGCGCUGUUCCGGAAGAAUUUUACUGCGAAGUUUUGCUCCUGGAUGAAUCCAAGUUAACUCUCACCACCCAGCAGCAGGGCAUUAAGAAGUCAACGAAAGGUUCUGUUGUUCUUGACCACGUAUUCCGUCACAUAAACCUUGUGGAGAUAGAUUAUUUUGGGCUGCGUUACUGUGACAGAAGCCAUCAGACAUAUUGGCUGGAUCCUACAAAAACCCUCGCUGAACACAAAGAACUGAUCAACACUGGACCUCCAUAUACUUUGUAUUUUGGUAUUAAAUUCUAUGCUGAUGAUCCAUGUAAGCUUAAAGAAGAAAUAACCAGAUAUCAGUUUUUCUUACAGGUGAAGCAAGAUGUCCUUCAGGGCCGGUUGCCCUGCCCUGUCAGCACUGCUGCUCAGCUGGGAGCAUAUGCCAUCCAGUCUGAACUUGGAGAUUAUGACCCAUAUAAGCAUACUGCAGGCUAUGUGUCAGAGUAUCGGUUUGUUCCUGAUCAGAAGGAAGAACUCGAAGAAGCCAUAGAAAGAAUUCAUAAAACUCUAAUGGGUCAGGCUCCUUCUGAAGCAGAGCUGAAUUACUUGAGGACUGCCAAAUCCCUGGAGAUGUAUGGCGUUGAUCUUCAUCCCGUCUACGGAGAAAACAAAUCUGAGUAUUUCUUAGGAUUAACUCCAGUUGGUGUUGUUGUUUACAAGAAUAAAAAGCAAGUGGGGAAGUAUUUCUGGCCUCGGAUUACAAAGGUUCACUUCAAGGAGACACAAUUUGAACUCAGAGUACUGGGAAAAGAUUGCAAUGAAACCUCAUUCUUUUUUGAAGCUCGAAGUAAGACUGCUUGCAAGCAUCUUUGGAAGUGUAGUGUAGAACAUCAUACAUUUUUUAGAAUGCCAGAAAAUGAAUCGAAUUCAUUGUCAAGAAAACUCAGCAAGUUUGGAUCCAUGAGUUACAAGCACCGGUAUAGUGGCAGGACAGCAUUGCAAAUGAAUCGAGAUCUUUCUAUUCAACUUCCCCGGCCAGAUCAGAAUGUGACAAGAAGUCGAAGCAAGACUUAUCCUAAGAGAACAGCACAAACACAGCCAGCUGGAUCAAACAGCAUAAAUCGAGUAACUGCAAACAUAGAAAAUGGAGAAAAUGAAGGAACAACUAAAAUUAUUGCACCUUCACCAAUAAAAAGCUUUAAGAAAACAAAGAAUGAAAACAGCCCUGACACCCAAAGAAGCAAAUCUCAUGCACCAUGGGAAGAAAACGGCCCCCAGAGUGGACUCUACAACUCGCCCACUGACCGCACGAAAUCUCCAAAGUUCCCCUACAUGCGCCGCCGAAACCCUUCCUGUGGGAGUGACGACUCUGUACAGCCAACGAGGAGAAGGAAAGCCCAUAACAGUGGUGAAGACUCAGAUUUAAAGCAAAGGAGGAGGUCACGCUCACGCUGUAACACAAGCAGUGGUAGCGAAUCCGAAAAUUCUAACAGAGAACACCGGAAAAAGAGAAACAGAAUACGGCAGGAGAAUGAUAUGGUUGAUUCAGCGCCUCAGUGGGAAGCUGUAUUAAGGAGACAAAAGGAAAAAAACCAGGCAGAUCCCAACAACAGGCGAUCCAGACACAGAUCUCGCUCGAGAAGUCCUGAUAUCCAAGCAAAAGAAGAGUUAUGGAAGCAUAUUCAGAAGGAACUUGUGGAUCCAUCUGGAUUGUCAGAAGAACAAUUAAAAGAGAUUCCAUACACUAAAAUAGAGACUCAAGGUGACCCAAUCCGCAUCAGGCAUUCUCAUUCACCACGAAGUUACCGCCAGUAUCGUAGGUCCCAGUGUUCAGAUGGAGAACGAUCUGUUCUCUCAGAAGUGAAUUCAAAAACAGAUCUUGUACCUCCACUUCCCGUGACCCGGUCUUCAGAUGCUCAGGGUUCUGGUGGCUCCACAGUUCAUCAGAGAAGAAAUGGGUCUAAAGAUAGCCUGAUUGAAGAAAAAUCUCAGACAUCUACAAGCAAUCUGGCUGGAAAACAUACAGCAAAAACUAUAAAAACUAUUCAAGCUUCACGCCUCAAGAUAGAGACUUGAUCCCAGUGAAAGGCUUGGAAUGGGGGUGGGAAGGGAGUGUGUGCCACCUUUGAAACUGUGAAUUAUUAUUAUUCAAGUAUCUUGGACCUGCAAGUGUUUCUUCAGAAUAAUCAAGUCUGUUGCUUCUUUUAAAGGUUUAACUACAGCAUACUUGUGCUGAAGAGCCUUUUUGUUUGGUUAACUGUAAGGACAGUCACCUUGUAAAAAGUCAUUCACUUGAUGCUGUAUUUUCCUUCCUGGAAACUGAGGAUCUGAUAUCUAGAACCAAACCAGAUGCGUCUGAUCAAAGUUCUGGAACCCUGGACUGCAGCUGGCUAGCUGUGCAAUAGUACAAGUGGGAUGAAAAGGUCCUUCUCAGCUCUAGGUGGAUCUCAGCCUAUGCAGAUGCAUGAAGACUGAGUUCACAUUACUUUCAAACUGCAGAUAUUAAUAUAUAAGUCCUUUGUAAUACUGUAUCCUGUGGCAUUAAGUUCCACUGGUUAACAAAUGUAAAAAGCUUUUUGUUUGAAAGUGUUGCUUUUAAUUUUUAGAGUCCUUGUUUUCAGGAAAAAAAAAGCUAUGUGUGAAUUUAAGUUGACCUCAGCUUAUAAAUUCAUACCACCCUCAACUUCAAAUGGUCUCUCCAUCCUACCUGGCUGUCUAACUCUUCCCCCAAAGGCUAUUUUCAGACCUUUCUU